AUGCAUGGCCGGGCAGCAGCGCCAAGGGUGAGUCCGGGCCCCGGGGUGCCCCUGCGCGCUGACAUGGCUGCGGGCGUCAUCCGGCCCCUGGCCAAGCUGCAGCUGCCCUCACCCUUCUCGCAUGGCCUGCUGCUGCCCACGCGCCCUGAGCUCGACUUCCCCGACCUCUCCGAGGAGGAGGAGGAGGAGGAAGAGGAGGAGGAAGAAGAGGAGGCAGUGGAGGAGAGUGUGAGGCCGGAGCUGGCCAUCCCCAGCGCCGCUGAGACCACCCUGCAGCUCCUCAAGUUUUCAGAGCUCAUCAGCUGCGACAUCCAGCGGUACUUCGGGCGGCAGGGCCGGGAGGAGGCCGCCGGCAGCCGCGGCGUGCCCGAGGACUGCGGCUCACCCUGGCGCACUGAGGCCCAGCCUGAGGCCGUGGCACCGCGGGGUGGCCCCGGGGCCGUGCACAGGCUGGGGCCACUGGCCGAGCUCUUCGAGUACGGUGUGCACCGGUGCCUGCCACCCCGGGCGGCCGGCGGCAAGACGCAGCGGCUGGAGAGGAAAUAUGGCCACAUCACCCCCAUGCACCGGAGGAAGUUGCCACCCUCCUUCUGGAGGGAGCCAGGCCCCAGCCCUGCCGGCCUCCUCCACGCCGGCACCCCCGACUUCAGUGACCUACUGGCCAACUGGACGGUGGAGCCGGGGCCGGAGAUGCCGGGUGCCGGGCGGGAGCUGCCGCCUGAGUCGGGCCGCCCGGAGCUGGAGUCCGAGCCCUUCGCUGGGCUGUGA